AUGAUAGUUGGGGAUCUGAAUGCUCAGAUCGGCACCGAUAGAAAUGGAUAUGAGGAGGUGAUGGGGUCUUUUGAAUACGGAAGACGAAAUGUUGAGGGUGAAGAAAUUCUAAAUCUGUGCAUAAAGAAUCAUCUUUUAGUGAAGAAAACAUUCUUAAAGAAACAAGAUAGCCAUAAGAUUACUAGAUAUGGCUGGGAUGGCAAAUCUAAGACAUUUAUAGACUAUAUAUUAACGGACAAAUUAACUGGAGGAAAAGUAAGGGGCACUAAAGUCAUACAAGGUGAGCACUUGGAUAGCGACCACAGGUUACUAGUGGCUGGUCUAAACUAUAAGAUGAAAAGUUUGAAUGCUGUACAAAAAAUGCCAAAAAUUAAGGAGUGGAAGUUGAAAGAAAAAGAAAAUAAGGAAAGUUUCCAAAAUCUAGUAGCACAAAAAUUGCCAAAAACUGAAAGGGGUAGUGUAGAGGAAGAGCGGAACCUAUUUAAAAUAUCAGUAGUUAACAGUGCUGUGCAGAUAUGCGGCAAAACAAAGGGUAAAGUGAGAGACAAGGAAAUCAGUUGGUGGAACGAUAGAGUAAAAGACACAAUUAAAAAACGUAAUAGGGCAAAGAAAAACAUGAAGUGUGAAAAAAGAAAUCAGAACCAGUGGCUGGUACCAAAAGAUGAACACAAGGUGACAACACUGGAGAAGGAAUACCGACAAAAGAAACUCCAAGCAAAGAGAAUUGUGAAAGAAGAAAAGGAGAAGAGUUCGGAAAUAUUCACCCAGAAACUAGAGCAGGAUAGCAAAGGGAACCAAAAACUGCUAUACUGGUUGUUGAAAAGUAAAAGAUCUGAUAGAGAAGACAUAAAAGCGAUUGAAACAGAGGAUGGGGACUCUAUCAUGGACAAAGAAGGUAUCAGGUGA